UCAACAGUCGAAAUCGCAAGGAAGUACCAGAACCCUCUUGGGGAAUCAGAUAGCGAUAGUGAUGAUGGCUUUUACCGAUCAAAGUCCCUGCUACCGUUGGAUCUGCGAGUGGUGAUGGGCCGUACGGGACGUCCAACGUUGCUGAUGGGUGGCCACGUGUUCACUCGCAAUAACACUCACAAAGAUAAAACUUAUUGGUUGUGCUCGAAGAGUCGCUCGCUAAAGUGCCGCGCCCGGAUAAUUACCCUGGACGGUAGUGGAGGUCUGGUUCUCAAGAAUCAGAUCCAUAACCAUUCGGCGGGUGGAAAGCGCUAGUGCAGAUGUGAAAAUAAAGAAUAAAACAUUAGACUUUUUGUUUUUUUUUUUAUCAUUUAUACAUGCCGUACUAGAUUCUUCGAUUUCUCACUAACCACCACCUAAUUCUCACCCCUCACAGGAAAAAUCGUCGCCAAGGAAAAGUCAACAGAAGAAAACAUUUAUUUCGUCUGCACCGCCGACGGUCGCUAUAAAAUUCAGGCAAAUUCCCCAAUCAAGAAGGAAAAAGCACAUCCACAGCCGAAAAUGGUUAAUACUGGAACCAGACUGAUCCGAUCUGGAAUCAUCUUUCCCCUUAACGAAGGAACGGAAGUGGAACAGUUGGAACAACUUGUGAAGAAGGAUUCCACAAUCAGGCAGGAAUAUAUUGAUGUUCUGAAGCUCAAGCCUAGGGAUACCAAAAUCGUCCAUUACAUGCACAACGUUUUCACGGACGAUUCACUUAUUGACUACAACUACAAUGGAGUUACCGUUGUUGGUCAAACUAAACGCGCCAUGCGAGUGUACGACAUAUUUUCCAAAUGCUUCAUGGAAGCGUACGCAGCGGAAGGACUCACAGACUCCGAGCUGGCCUUCCAGCUGACGUCGGCGAUCAAGCAAAGUCGAAACCGGAUGCGGCAGCGAAUGUUCCGCGCAAGGAAAAUUGUGAAAAGAGACAGGGAACUUCAUUUGAGACUUGAUGAACUUGUGUGAACUCUAUUGACUCACUUACAAUCAUUUUUUUAAACACCUAGCUUCUUUAUUAUAUUAUUGCUUGUCAGAAUCAUUAUUAAUUCUAAAUUUGAUACACUUGAUGUAAUGGAUUCAUCUUACCACUACGAUAUCAUACCUCAGAAAUAUAGAAGACAGGAUUUUUAUUUUUUGAAUCUGUCACAUGAGAGCUUCAUGUAAAAUCUUUUCUUUUUAAAUGUUCUUUGAGUAAAAAAAAUAAUAAAAAAAAACAAUCAAAAUACAUAACAAUGUUAAAUUGUAUUCUUCAGCAAAGUCAAACUUUGCAUCACAAAUAUACCUUUAAAUGAAAACUAACCAUGCCAACUCCUCCCUAUUCCAGAACAAGAGUUAGUGAUGAUAGAAAUCUGCUCCGAUGAAGCCACUCGGCAUGCCUCCGAUGAUGACCAAAGCAAAACAACGUCCUCCACUGGAGGUAAUACUGCAACAAGAUCACUUCGAUUAGCGGGAUUCACGUUUCCUCUGAAACGUGCAGAAGACAUCGAACGCUUAGAGAAAGCCGUCAGAGCAGAUCCGUUCAUUCGGAAAGAAUACGUAAUCCUCCGUCGACGCAAGUACGCACAUUUCAGCUUUGAAUGUUUGUUACAAAUUUCAGAUUCGCUACGUGUCAUCUCGGGUGGGCGAUCAUCGUAAUAUUCCAACGCACAUCAGAAGGGUUUUCAGCGAUAGAUCUCUUGAGAAUUACGCUUAUCAUGGGGUUAGCAAUCCGCAGUAUCCUCGAAAAGCAAUGAAAGACUACGACAUCUUCACCAAGUGUUUGCUAGUUGCUUGGGAGGAGGAUGGCAUCACGGCGGAUGAACUCCGAGCGUCGCUUAUCAAGGCAACACAAAAAGCGAAGCAGCAUUUAUCGUCAGCUCGUUACUACCAACGCUACCGGGAACAGCUACUAGAAAAACGUAAAGCAAGCUGGAAAAGCAAAAAGUUGCUCGAGUAGCUCUGAGUGUUCGGUGGUAAAAUUUUAAAAACGAAAUCUUGCAGAAAUAAAACAAACAAUCGACUGUAAUUUAGCGAUAUUCUAGUACUUCAUUGGUGAAAUUGUCGUCAAAACAUUUGUUAUGGAGUAUCUCUUGCAAAUAUUGAAACGUCCAAUCAAUAUCCCUUGUGAGACACUACGACUCAAUCAACAGAUACAUAUGUAAAAUUUACAGAACAUAGAAUUUUAUUAUCAUUCCAUUACCAUGUCUCCAGCAUCUCAAAUUUCUCGUGACACCUAUUCCAUUAUAUGUAGUCAUAUCAGUUAUCAUUUUUCAAUAAGUUAUUAUAAAACUCACACACUUUUUCACAUUUUCUACCCGUUCUAGUACCACCCAAAAAUGACAUGGCCGCCAAGCUCGGCUACACCCAGCGUGGGAAGACGCUGCUGCUGUACAACGGAUUCGCCUACGUCAAGGACCGCGAAGCCAUCAAAAGCUGCCACUGGAAGUGUUCACUGUACGGGAAGCUGAAGUGCCGUGCCAGGGCCGUCACCAAAACAGCGGUCGACGGUCAGUUGAUGAUGAAAAUCACCAAGUCGACCCAUAACCACGGCCAAGAUGCGUACAAAUUUGAACUUUCCACAGUGAAUAAACCAUGAAGCGGAUGUU